AACUACCCCAAUCUGAGCGCGGCAGGCCUCUCCCUCCACACAGGGACGGAGUCUGCCCCCGUCGCCCGUCUGCUCUCUUUCUUUCACUCGGGUGAAUCCCCCUCCCACUUUUCUUUUUGUUGUUGCCCGCCAGCGACCACCAUGGUGGCAUCCGGCGGUCCCAGCACGGGCCAGACCUGCGGGCUCGUCCUGAUUUUCGCCGUGCUCUUGCAAUCCAUCUGCGUGGCAAUCACUUUCCUUUAUUUCACCAACGAGCUGCAACAGCUCCGAGACACAUAUGCAAAGAGUAGCUUUGCUUGCUUCACCAGGGAAAACUUUUUCCUAGAAGAUAUGGAUCCAAAUGAUAAAGAAGAUGGUGAUCCCUGUUGGGAGGUCAAAUGGCAGCUGUCGAGGCUCAUUAGAAAGAUGGUGAUGAAGAAUCGUGCAGAAGAAGGAACAUCAGCUUCAACACAAGACAAUAUUUCUCUAGAUACCAUUGCAAGAGAUGUGCCUAGGAACCCCCAAGUCGCAGCUCACCUCACCUCAAGCAGAAAUCCAAGGAAAGCUUUAUUUGUACAAAGUCCUCCUAUGGGAAACAAUUUGGGAUUUAAAAUAAUCUCUUGGCAAUCUUCAGUGUACCCUUCCUUUCUUCACAACGUAUUGCUGAACAAUGGAGAACUUAUCAUACAGCAACCUGGAUUUUAUUACAUUUAUGCACAGACUUAUUUUCGUUUCCGGGAAUCGGAACCCAUUGCAGAUCCCGACUCAGAGAGCAUUAGAAAUCCAAAGCAGUUGGUUCAGUACAUUUCCAAAUUUACAGAUUAUUACCCAGAAGCCAUCCUGCUAAUGAAAAGUGCAAGAACCAGUUGUUGGUCUAAAAAUGCAGAAUAUGGACUGUAUUCCAUAUACCAGGGUGGAGUGCUUCAGUUAAGGAGAAAUGAUAGGAUUUUUGUCUCCAUCAGCUAUGUAGAACUGGUGGACAUGGAUAAAGAAGCCAGCUUUUUUGGAGCCUUCCUGGUCUCUUAAAGAAGAGGAUGAGAGAAUAAUUAGGCACCCAUAAAGAAGUUGUGGAAGACCUGGAAAAUUCUGCUUUUGGAGUACAGUAAGAAGUCGUUGCACUAGCCACAGAAUUGGAUGAAGUAUUUAGUUUUUCCUCUCUUAACCACAACUGAGACCAGUUCAAGGUCCCAUUAUCCAAAUUCCACUAUAAACAUUGCUACAGAUACAGAAAUGCUAACAAGCCAUUGUGUGGGUCCAUGAACAAUCUUCCAGGGAUUUUGGUUUUUGUUUGGAACAGGAGGGUUGCAUUUGAUUUGUUUCAGCAAAUUUCUGUUGAUCCGAUUAUGCAUGGAAUCCAUGCACCUAAGAAGACACAUAACAAGUGAUUUCAACCUGGGCUGUCGUGUGGGUGUUGCCACUCUGGUGUGGGAUGCGUUUGCCGAACCGACUCUGACCAUAGAGUGUAAAGGAUAAAGCAAAAUAAGGUUCCCUAAGUUAGACAGUUUCCUUUUUUUCACAUCAGAAUGGUGACAGCUGAAUCGUACACUUAAGCGUAGCACCUGGAAGAUCCAUCCAGAAAGGUACCAUCUCUGAUUGCAAAAGAAAAACUCCAUAUUGGAAAGCUGCAUCCUAAACUCAUACGUUCACAUACCCGUACCCCUUCACGCAGCUUGAAAUGGUACAGUCUUGGGUAGUCCCGUACCAUGCAAUAAACUCCAAACAAGCUGCUCCUUUUUGAGAAUGAAAAAUGUGAAUCCCAUUCGGAAAGAACAGGUUUUGCUUCAUGUUCUAAUUGGGCCAAACGGAUAAAAAUAAAAAAUAAAAGUCAGAUUACUCUGAGGCUGGAAACAGGCUUCAGAUUAGUUGGUAACCUCCUUUUAAUGCAGGAACAUUUUUCGUAUGAAAAGAUUUAUUUUUAAGGUUUGUGUGUGUAUAUAUAUAUAUAAAAAAAUAGCAGGCUAACAAAAAUCAGGAAAAUCAAAGCAAUUAUUUUUUUGGUAAAGGUCCAGAUGCAGUUAAGAUACAAACUGAAGCAAGGGAUGUAAUUUAGAGGAGUCUGAGCAAAUCAAUAAAUGGUGCCUUUUGUUCUUGUGAGAAUUGUUAUCCCCUGUAGAUUACUGCUGAAGACCCUUUAAAGAAAAACAGUAACUCUUAACCACAGUUUCUGUAAAAGCAGUUCAAUGUUUCUGAGAGUUUACUGUUUUAUGCCAGAAAGGUAAGUGGCGGUCAAAGAAACUCACAUUUAUUUAGAACUGGAAUCGCAUACCUGUUUAAUACUGGGUAAAAAUCCAUUUAUUUCUGUAAUGCCAAAUAGUGCCAGGUCUUUAAUAGUAUUCGCCACGUGGAAAUAUUGUUAUUGAAAUGCUAUGAAAACCUUCACCUGCAGCAUGAUUUUUGCAUUGUGAUUGACAAAAGAAUUGCCAAUUGUUUCUCCAGCUUCUACACCACACUUUAAUGUAUACAGCUUAGUGAAUACUAUUAUUCAUGGCUCUGUUGUGAACUCCUGAGGAUUUCUUUGCAGUUACUGGUGUGGUUUUUCAUGUGAUCCAUUAGCAUAACUCCUCUAAGGGAUUCCUUCCUAUCUCUUUUUAGUGUAGCCAGCAGGAAAAUCCCACCCUAACUACAAUGGGAUUAUUCUACCCUACUAUGGUUGGCAGCAUGUGUUUAACAGAGAUAGAAACGUAGACCAACUGCAUAUUUAGAAGAAAUUCCUUCAGAAAUGCCUUUAAGUAUAUGCAAAGAGAUACUGAAGUUACACAUUGUGUGAAAUGUUGAGGUGCAAAUAUGUAGCAUUAGCAUUAAUGGGAUAUCCCAUUUUAGGAUCAUCGGCCUUCAUUCACACCACUGUAAAACACCCUAACCCUUAAAGUCUGAGUGGAGUCAACCCAAUUUGAUGGUCUGCAAUUUGGGAUGACAUGUCCAAGGAGGUCUGACUAAGAGCUCCUUGGAGACUGUGUUGAAAUAAUAUUGGGAGAUUUUGCCUUGUUGGUAGCAAGUAUGUAAAACCAUGGCUGUUCUCGUAUCUCAACUGCCACGCUCAUGGUGAUAUUCGAGAAGAAAGAAUGGGAAAGGUCUGGAGAUAAAGCCUCUUCGACUUACUCCUGUGAAUUUAGCAAAUAUGAGGGACAAAAAUCUGAAUGACCAUUAAUGGGUAGCAAAACUCUGUCGGGACAGUUUAAAUUUUGCAGCCCAAGUGUGGUUGGUUAUACUGUGAAGCAAAGCAUCAGUUCAGCUAGAUAGCUCCAUCUUCAUUAAAGUUGGUUUAUCAAAUGGAUGCAGGUAAGCUCUUCAUCAUCCUUUGGGUUUUUUAAGCAGUAG